GCUGAUGGAAGGCUGCGACGCUUUUCCUCGGCGAGUUUCGUGAUAAAUCUCGUAUUCGUGUGCAAGAAUGUGAGACUCGUUUCUCAAUAAUUCUCGAAAGAUUCUCCGCCGAUUGCGGAAUGUGUCGUGAAACUUAAUAUUAUAACCUCCGAUCGGCCGACUGCUCCUCAUUGUUGCACUAAAUUUGAACUUUCAGAGACGCUGCUACGAGACGCGCCGAUCGCAGCCGAGGAUUCACGAAGAUGUAUUCGUGAUCGAUGCUGCCAUCUGUGGGUUCCUCGCAGAUUUAAAAAAUGUGGAAGCCGAUCCGACCUUUUCAGAUUAACCUAAUGUAAACCUAACCUAAUGUUUUCACAAUAUACACAAUCUGUUAUUAUCGAGAGUACAUGUGAUUUCGAUGCCGUGUAUCAAGAAUAAUCAACAAUAACAUUAGGAAAACGUUAAAUCAAUCGUUAGCUGAGAGAAAACUGGAGGUGCCAACGCGGCGAUCACUGACCGGUCUGUGUGACUGUUGUUUAGAAACAGAUUUAUAAUAUCAAAAGUCCACCUUUCACAAUGCCGAUAAAAUUGAUCGGUCGCACGACAUAUCUGAAGGGCAAGCCCUUGUGGGAGAUUCUGGGCAACUUGAAGAAUUUCGGCGUGGGCAGGCUCGUGAUAAGGAAUUGCUUCCAGAGGUAUCCUGAAGCCUGUUACAUGAAGAUACUGAAAGUCGCCGCGAUGCCCGCGUCUACUGAACCUUAUAAAGACCGGAACGUUAUAGCCCUGGUCGACGAGGUUUUUCGCGGCCGGAAGAACUCGAAGCCAACCCAGUAUGAUUUAUCGACUUACAAGCCAGAUUUCAUGUUGGUGCCAAAAGAUCAGGAGCAUCUGUAUCUCGAGCGGACCGUGAUGCCUGUGAAGAAAGUUGUGCCCAGGACGAUGGAGUUUCCACCACUAUUUACAGAGAUGUUAAUGCAUCAGAUGAGGGCAAACGGCAUCGCAAAAUCUGAGAAGCCGCAACUGACUUUGCAUUACAACGACAGUAGACUGGAUAUAAAAAAUUAUAGAAUAGCCGAAGAAGAUGAAGCUCCAACUAUGAAAUUUGACUUGGGUAUGGACAAAUCUAGUGUAUUAUAUCCAAAGGAAAAAGCGACCGAACCUUUAUAAGAUUGUUUUGUUGUAUUUGAAGUAUAUAAUUGUUAAGAAUGGAAA